AUGACUGAUGCUGAUUACCAAUACUCGCACGUACUUCCUUCACAUCACAUCGCUGCAUCUUGCGAAACAGUUUUAGACGCUGCAUCCUGCAACACAAUUUUAGAAGCUGCAUCACACAUGCGUUACUCCGAGGUAGAGGAAAGAUACUUCUUCUGUGACCUGUGCCACAAGUCGUACAAGUGGAAAAAAGCCCUCAACAGACAUAAGACCUACGAAUGUCCGUUCGUAGUGGACAAACCUCAUUUUUCCUGCCCGUACUGCCGUUUCGUUUCCAAGCAGAAGAUCUGCGUUAAAAAGCAUAUCGUCAUCAAGCACCCCGGUCUCCCGGUCAAAGUUGUACAGAAAAUCACCUCAUCCAUAAUCGAAAAUUGA